AUGAAGCGCUGUGAGCAAGGCAAGUGGUGGGAGGCACUGCUGAACAUCAAGGACCUGCAAGUUCAGCAGAAGCUUCCGAUGACGCCGAUCCUUCUCAGCUCCUACUUCACAGCUCUGUCCAGGUGUGCGAACGCCGAGGACGGGGUACAGCGCAUCAAAGCCCGACGGCAACAUGCGCUUCUCCGUGCACAGGAGGCAUGGGACGAAUACGGACGAGCCGGCGACCUCCUAAAGGACGAUGUGCUUGCGAACGGUAUCCUACAUGUUUGCCUCAGCUCGCGGGAAGAGAGUGGGUUGCUGUGGGCCCAAGAGCUUUGGCGCUCUCUCAAGAAGGACGGAGCCCGCCUCAAUGUUGUGAUUUGCUCCACUUAUGCGACCGUCCUAGAGAUGCACGAUAAGAAGGAUGAGGUGGAUGCCCUGCUGGAUGAAGCUUCCGCUGGAUUGUGGAGGCCGAAUGAAGUGACUUUGGGCUCCUUGCUCAACAGCGCCGCAGAGGGCCGGCACUGGCAACGCUCAGAACGGCUCUGGGACAGGCUGACUGUGGGACUGCAGGUGAAGCCCAGCAAGAUUGCCUGGGCUGCUCGGGUCAAGGCUCACAUCCUUUGCGGCCGCCCCCGCCGCUGCGCCGAGCUGGUGCGCGAGUGCAUGGCGUCUGGAAUUCAGCUCCACUACAAGCUCGCCGAAGACCUGGUUCAAGCGUCCAUGGUGGUCUAUCACUCUUCGCUGGCUGCUCAAGAGAAGACUGCCCUCGAGGAAGCGAUCGAGAUCCUUGGCAUUUUGGGCGUCCCAGCUUAUGGAAGGGAUCUGCUCGUCGACGUUCGAAGCCGAAGAAACCAGCAAGCGUCAGAAGAAAGACUGGGGAACGCUGCACGACGUGGCGCGCUGCCUCGUCGACGCACCAUCCGCCUUUCGACUACGUGGCAUCCUAUUGGAGCAGAAGGCGAAGAAUGGUACAAUGGCAUCCUGGCCGUUGCAGAGUCGGCAACCUCGGAGGUUGGUCAACAUGCCGGGGGCUUGCUACUUGCAGUGCUCCUCGACCUUGGGUCGGAUCAGAUGAAAGCGAUGUACUUUGACAAUAGCAGUGGCAUUGUCAUCGAAAAGCCGCUUCAUCAUUGCCUCCGACCUGAAGAUGUGCCCAACGUGGAGGCCUUUGAUGCCCGCUUAGAGACCGCCCUUGCCGAGCUCCAAGUUCAAGGCGACGAGGUGUUUGUUGGCCUGAGCCAGUCUUGGCGAGAUGCCCUGGACGAAGAUGCAAUGUGUGCACCUCACAUUUCCGGGAGCUUUUCGCUGGUUCUUGGUUGCAAAGAGGUGACCGUGACAACCAGGAUCCUCGAGCAGGAGUUUGAAUCUCUCAUGGAUCUCGUAGCCGGUGUCUCGCAGGCAUUCUUCGGCGAAAUUGGAUCAAGAAUGAUUGGAGCAGAAGAUGCCCACUUAGCUGACCAGAUUGCCGAGAGACUGGUCAUGCGGAUUCUUGAGCGGGCCGGCUUGAGCGAAGCCCUCACUCGCAUGAACCAGGCCUCCCAAGUGCCUGUGAUCGUUCUGUACUCUGGGCUAGGGCACGCUCUGCAGCACCCGGCAGAAAGUGGCAUCUAUCCGAGCACAAAGCUGGAGGAUCUAUGCAAGCGCCUUCCGGACGUCAGUCAGCUGGAAGAUCCGAAAGCAAAAGGUGCGGCCUUGGUGGCCAAGCACUUGCUGGAUCGCCUGCACAGCCUCGCUACGGAGCACUCCUUUGUAGUGACUGCCGGACGCCGGCUUGGGAAGGUCGUUCUUGGCUGGCACUCCGCUGUGCUGAUGGGCUUGGCCCCAGGUGAUGAGCAGUGUCACGCUUUGUAA